AUGCUCUCCUCAACACCAUUUUCUCUCAUAUGCGCCAUUCUUCUCUAUUUGCCUCUCACCAUAAUCUUCACCAUCACAAGCCCAACCGUCACCAUAACCACCACCAUCCCCACCCAAAUCUCCGAAUCCCCAAAACUCACCAAAACCUACCAAAAAAUCAACCUAAUUUCACCACCAAAAUCCCUCCCAUUAGAUGACGACUCGCUUUUCCACCUCGCCGCCCAUGUCAAGUCCUGCCUGCCCUGCUCCGAUCGUCCCAAAAUCGCUUUCCUCUUCCUAACCACCACCCCUCUUCCCUUCUCCCCUAUCUGGGAACGCUUCUUCAACCAAACCCCCAAAACCUAUUUCUCUAUCUAUGUCCACGCCGACCCGAGAUUCCCCUAUUACCUGCCGUUUUCUGGCAUCUUCGCCCACUGGGUCAUCCCCUCCCGACCUACCCAGCUAUUCACCCCUACUCUCAUCUCUGCGACUCGUCGUUUGCUCGCCCACGCCUUCCUCGAUGACCCCAAGAAUGCCAUGUUCGCCCUUCUCUCUCCUUCCUACAUCCCCAUCCGGUCCUUCAACUUCACGUAUCAUUUAUCUAUAGUGCAAUUGGUCUUUCCCUUGCUUGCUCUUUGA